GGUUGCAGUCGUGCGACGGACAGUCACCGGAAAAAAGAAUUUUGUAUAUUGAAAAUUUCAAUUGAGAGAGCAAAACAACAAAAUUAACACACAUGAAAGCGUUACAAGUUUUAAUUAAAUUUAACUAAAGUCUAAAAGUAAAAGCAAAUUAAUUAAACGUUUAAUUUUAACGCAGAAAAGUUCUUAAAUCAAUACGCAGUACGUUACAAUUGUGCACAGUUAAUUAUUAUCGCCGCUUCAAGCUGCAGUUUGACGACAUUUAGUUUCGCCGGCUAUCAACAACCGAAGAUAUAUGUACAUAUAUAAUAUAAAUUAUAUGUAAUUGUGGAUAGCGGUCAGCAGUAGAGCGCUGUAUUAUAAAACAGACAAAUAAAAAUUUAAAUAAAUAUUAUAUCAGAAGUGUAAACUAAAAUACCAAAAUAAGUGCUAAAUAGGCGGUUCAAAGAGAACCAACGCCCGCUUGACGACCCCUGAUAACGUACCACGGUUAAACUCUGUGCCAAUAAACGUCAAGUUCGGCGCUAGAAGCACCAACUUACAUAAAAGUCAAGCAAACGACACAAAAACAACUAUAAAAACAAAAAAAAAAUGGAAGGAUUUUAUGACGGCGAUUUGAAAGAUAUAUGGGAUUCCGAUCUAGAUCCGACGGAAUCUCUAAAAAUCUCCACAGAUUCGGAUCUACACGAUUGGUUCAUGGAACGUGAUAUGAAAGAUCCGGCUGUUAUGAUACUAAAUGAUAAACUCAUGUCAGAUGCGCUAUUCAAUUUGCAGCCAAUUAAGUCGGAACACUCAUAUAGUUUAAAUAGUGAUGGCGAUUCAUUGCCAGAUUCACCACAUAGCCUGCAGACGAAAAUGGAUGACAUGGAAGACGAAUGCUAUCCCGCAAUUUCGCUGAAAACCGCAACCAGCAACACAGCACGCUCACGGCACGAUGUCGACAUUACCAACAGUGUUGACCCCAAGUGCUUGGCCAUAUCGGUGGACUGCGAUGAUACGCCCAUGGAAUUAGCUACGCUAGAGCACAGCACUCACACAACCAGCAGCUCCAGCAAGUUAGCAACAAACACAUUGCUCACCACCGCCGCUACCUCCAGCACACCCACACUAAAUAGCACACUGAGCAUAUCCGCCAGCACCGCAACCGGCAGUGGUACACUCACUGCGAGCACCACAACCCGCCAAUCUGCUACAGCGUUGCCAUUACGCUACACACAUGCCGGCAUCUAUGCGAGCCUCAGCAAGAUCAACACCACCGCACCGAUGACAUUCAAUCUGCGCACCGCUGAAACGUCCAGUGGCACCAGCAGCAGCAGCAGUAGUUCCGGUUAUGGCGGCAGCAACACCACUACAAUUACACUUAGCAAACCCGCCGCUACGCAACAACAACAACUGCAGCAACAGUCACAUCUCCAACAGUACCUACCUCAGGCAGCGACGGUGAGCACAGUUUUUGAAACGAGCAGCUGUCGUACGCCGUCAACAGCACGCGAAGGCAGCUCUUCGCCGGACAUCUGCUCGGACAUCGAAAUCGAUGAGUCGGCCAUCAAGGAUGAGCCCAUGUCACCGGAUUCAAGUUGCCCGCCCAGCCCUAAUUCGCCGGAAUGCAUAACAAUGGCAAAAAUCUCAAAGCUAACCCCGCGCACUAACUCCGAUCUCGUCUUUGAGCACAAGAACGGUUGUCUGCAACUCACACCCGCCUCACAGAGCUUACUCAAAGCGCAACAACUCGCAACAACCGUCAAUAAUGGUCAAAACAUUGUAAUGCCCAAAUUGAAUAUUAAGUCGGAGUCUAGCUACAAUGGUGUUGGUGCCAAUGUCAAGCAUAACGGUCAAUAUGGUCUGCCAUUGACGCCACCCUCCUGCUCAUCGAGUGAUGGUGAUUCCGAAGGUAAUUUAACACCGGAACAUUUACUAUCACCACUUUCGCCCAACACUUCAGUUUCUAUAUCUGUGGCCAACCCUGCAGUCAUUACCCCCGUUGCCUUGCACGCCGCGAAUGUGCGCCGUAGUGCCAGCAGCAGCAGCUCGUCAUCGCCAUCAUCCGCCUCGUCGUCGACAUCGUCACUGCAUGCAGCCGGUCGACAUGCGUCAGGCGGUACUAGCGGUUCCACACGUCAGCCGAUACACACCCCGCUCAUCAGCUCGCAGCCGAAAGGUUCCACUGGCGUGCUAAUCCUAACCGAGGAAGAGAAGCGCACGCUACAAGCCGAAGGUUAUCCAAUCCCGCAGAAGCUACCACUUACCAAAGCUGAGGAGAAGUCGCUCAAGAAGAUACGAAGAAAAAUCAAAAAUAAGAUUUCUGCACAAGAGAGUCGACGCAAAAAGAAGGAAUAUAUGGAUCAAUUAGAGCGUCGCGUCGAAAUACUUGUCAAUGAGAAUAAUGAGCAGCGCAAACGUUGCGACGCGCUGGAGCACACGAACGCCAAUCUACUAAGUCAAUUGCACAAAUUGCAAGCGAUGCUGAACAAACAGAACAGCAAGAAGAACGCUUAAGCGACUAUAAAGGGAGCGAGAGAGCAGGCGCUUGGAAAACACAGUGGAAAUAUUUUCGCAAGAAAUUCUACGCUUUUUCCGCGCCGCUGACAAGGAAAUGAAUUUAUUGCGCAGCAGCCCAACUAAAAAGUUGCUAAAAAUGUAGCAGCAUUGGUAAAUAAGAACUUUUUUUUUUUUAAUUUUUCUAUAAAAUUAAAUGUUAGGCGCGUGAAUCUGUGCGUUUUUCGGUUAGAAUUUCUAGUAGUGGUAGUUUACAUAUUUUAUGAGAUAUUUACACUGUUUGAAGGUAGCAUUUUUUAUGUAAUAUGUAUAUAAGUAUAUAUGUACUUGCUUUUUAUGAGAAUAUAUUUAAAUGUAUGCAGCAUUUUUUAUACAUAACAGUUAUCGUAUAUAAAAAGUAAAUAUAUUUACAUGUAUUUAGUGUGUAAGUGAACGGGCUGGACAGGCUGUAAACAGAUUUUAUAUAAGUAUACAUACAUAAUUGCUGUAUUAUAAAAGUAUGAAUAAAUAAAAUAAAUAAAUCAAUGUGCAUUUCGUAUUGUAGAUCAAUACUAUAUUUACAUGAAAACGAAUUUUGACCAAAAAACUUACUUAAUGCAACAUUUAAUAUAUUAUAUACUUAUAUAUAACACAUACAUACUACAAAGUACCAUUAUGUAAGCCACUUAAAGUGCUUUACUUAUUGCAUGCAUAUAGUUGGCAUUAUAUAAUUUAAUUAAGUGUAUCGGAGAAAAGUCCAGCCACACAGUCCAUGCCAAUUUCGAAAUCCAUCUAGUAGUGUAGUGCAAGUCCAAGUUUUAUAACAAUUACAUACAUACAUAUACUUACAUUUUAAAUAAUUUGUAAAUAAUAAAUGUUAUUAAAAUAAAUUAGCAACAUUCCACUAUUUUAACUAAACAUUUUAUGAAUUA